AUGGCAUCAUCGUACGUAUUUGUUCUGUUUCUAUCCUACGAACUUGCACUUGUAAGGACAGCCUCUCGAGACAGAAACAGGGAAGCGUAUCAGUGUUUGGUGUGCCAGUAUACGAUUGACGAAAUAAAUGAGGAAAUUAAAAAAGUGGACCCCCGGAAGACUUUAGAAGUGGGCGGUUACUGCUCAAACUUAGAAAACGAAGAGAAGAAAAUUCCAUAUGCACGCUCUGAAGUAGGCCUCGUCGAGAUAUUUGAGAGAGUGUGUGGUGCGUUUGAGAACUACUGCAGGGCCAAGUACAAAGACACGGGAAGCCCAACUAUUUUAAAAUACUUUACCAGUGAAAGGGACUCACUCAACCCAGAGAUGGCUAAAGUAGAUGUAGUCACGGAUUCUGACCUGAAUGAAAGUUUACGCUAUUACUGUGAACAAAUCAUCGAAGAACAUCAGGAUGAACUUUUGAGAUAUUUUGGGAGAGAUGAUCCUGACAUAAAAGAAAAAAUUUGCAUGCAAAAGAAAAAUGAUGGAGUUCACGAUGGAGGGCAAGAGGCCAAGAGGAAGGUCGAGAACAAAAUGGAUCGAUACAAUAAAGAUGAGUUUAAGGAGGAGAAAUCCUCUAUGGAAUCAUAUUGUGGAAGAAGAAUGGUGGAAAGACCGAGUAAAGUUGCGAAGUACCAAUGA